UUAAAAAAUUACGAAUUAGCCCUAACCAAUCCCAUUGCCUUUUUCCGAUCUCCGACGAACGGCAGAGGAGCGGCGAUUAUCAAUAAAUGGCAACGGAUCUUUCCAUUUUCAAAUAGUUUCCAUAUUGGUCGAAGUCUUUCACCAUGUACAGCAGAUCGAGGCUUCGCUUCAAACCGACGUAAUUAUUAUCUCUUUCCUAACCGCCGAGCGCGAUGGUGGCUGAGUUUUCUUCGACGAGGUUGAAGAGGGAAGACUGUAAACGCACCAAACACGACUCCAGUUUCUCCAAAUGGGAGAUUCUUGUUGCGCCUUCUGAUUGGGAAGACUAUUCGUCGGGGAAGGAAGGUGCAGAGAGGUACAGAAUUCACAAUCUUCCUAAAGUUUCAGGUCCUGGACUGUAUGAGCUUGGCUUAGCUGUAUCUAGCUCUGGUUUGGGCCGUGAGAUAGCUAAACUAGAUGCAGACUGGAUAGUUGUCGUCUACCUCGGCGAAGCCGAUAAUGUUAGAACUCGACUACAGCACUAUGGUCGCUCAGGUUCUCAUUUGGGCAAUGGCUAUUUGUGUUUCGUUGACUGUAAAGUUGUUCCCCUCGAAAAGGGACCUGGUUUGUUUCAGGAGAUGUUCACCAGAGGAUACUCCAUUGUGUAUAGAUGGGCUCCGAUGAAAAACAAGAGGGAUGCUCAGAUGACAGAAGCUCAACUGCUUAAAACAUUUGACUAUGCAUGGAAUACAUCUGGUAAUGGUGCACGACGACAUAAUGAUGUACUAAAAAAACUCGAGGAUAUCGCUUCACAAACUAAGAAAUUUACCAUCAUUGCCAGGAAGCUUCUGCCAUUUAGACAGAAGCAGAUGGGCAUCAAAAUUAAAACGAGCAAGCCAAUUCCAACAGAAAACAAACCAGGUGAAUAUGGUGAGGAGAGGAGCAGUUUCUUCUCUCGCAUUCUCCACUUCAGCAGAUCUCGGCCUAGACUAGUUGUGAACACUGAUGAUGUUAGUGGGGCUGAUAGCAACAGUUGCGGAGUGGUCAUAGGGUAUGGCGUAGUUUGUAGGAAGCCCCCAGUCGAAGGAAGGAAGAGGUGUGCUGAACAUAAAGGGAUGAAAGUUAAUGGGUUACUGAAGAACUCAUCUACCAUAUAUGGUGACACAGACUUCUCUGGUAGCAAUGCUGAGACUUCCUAUAACACAGAAGAGCUCUCAGUUCAAGAUUCCUUUCCUAAUAAGGGAAAUUUUCUUCCAAUUUGUGGAGUUGUUCUAUACGAUGGCUCUCCAUGUAGAAGAACCCCAGUUCAAGGAAGGAAACGGUGUGAAGAACACAAAGGGCAAAGAAUUCGUAGAUCAACUCUUAUAUCAUCUCAAGAAGCCAAACCAAAAGUUGAUUUGCCAAGCCAGGAUAAUCUUGCUUCUUUAAAGUACAAGCAGCAAACUUCGCCCACAUCAACACAGGAAUCCAUUCUGAUAGCACAAGACAAUUCUCCAGACCUCAACUCAAGCCUUGAAAGAAAGUGUGGUGUUGAUUUAGGCAAUGGGCUCUACUGCACCAGGCAGCCAGUGAAGGGACGAGUUAGGUGUGGGGAACAUAAAGGAAUGAGAAUUAAAGGGUUAAUUUCAAGGUUAGCCACAGUGUCUGAUGCUAUUUCUGUCAGAAAACAUUAAGGGGAAGCAAGCAAAAGAUUACAAGGCUAAAAAGGCUGGUAAAUGCUCCUUCCUUUUUCUGUGAGAAAACCUUUACGGUGCCAUAUCUCAGAAAUGGAACCAUCAGGACUCUGGCUACAUAAUGAUAAACUUCAGCAAACAGUUCAAACUAGUGUAUCAUAGGGGACUAGAUUAUGUUGUAUUGACUUCACACUUUUUCUAAUUUAUCAUUGUAGCAUGAACUUAUAGUUUGCCUUCUGCCUUGUUCAACACAGAAGAGGUAGAAGGGGCCUUCUUAUUCAGAAAUAAGAAAGGCCAUCUAUAAGAUUUCUGAGUCUACUUUAUUAUGAACAACAGGAACUUGUAUCUGUAGACCAUUAGUAUUUUUCGAAGUUAAAAUUAUUGUGUUACAUCCCUACUCA